GUACUAUUUAUAUUAUAUUAGAUAAUGGCUACUAGUUUAGAAGCUAAAAUUGAAUUUAAACAAUUGUGCGAUAUUUUCGAAAAUAUUACCAAGGCACAUAAGGCUGACAAAAAAACGCAAAUCUUGCAAACAUUUAUUGACAAAUGUCGAAAUAUUAGCAACAAGCUGAAAAAGGAAUGUCCUGAAUCAGAUGCAUCGCUGUAUCCGAUAUUGAGAUUAAUAUUACCUAAUCUUGAACGAGAGCGUGGACCACAUAAUUUGAAACAAGCCUCGCUGACAAAUGUUUACGCCGACGUGUUUGGUUUUGCAAAAACGAGUGACACUUAUAAAAAAUUGGCAAAUUAUCGAGAACCUACGCCAGGCAAAUUCACAGGAAAUGAUUUUGCUGAUCGAGCUUAUCAAAUAUUAGACAAAAGAUUCCCUCGAACAAGCACCGGAUUCACGAUUGAGCGGGUGAAUAGAUUCCUCGAUGACAUCUCCGAGAAAAAUGCGACGAAGCAGCGAAAGGUUGAAACAUUUAGAGUACUUUUUCGGCGAAUCACGAGUUUCGAAAUGAAAUGGUUAACACGAGUUAUUCUUAAGGAUUUACGGCUCGGUGUAGGAAAAGAGAGGAUACUGCAAAUUUAUCAUGAAGACGCGAAUGAGAAGUUUCUCGUAACGAACGAUUUACGCGAGAUUUCUGACCAGCUGCAUGAUCCGAGGACGAAAGUACAAAGUGGCAUACAGAUAUUUUCGCACUUUAAACCGAUGCUCUUGGAGAAAUGCAGCAUUGAGAAUAUCGACAAGUUAUUUCGGGGCAACGACUUGUACUAUGCACAAACCAAAUACGAUGGCGAGAGAUCGCAACUUCAUAUGAAGGAUGGCAAAUUCAAAUAUUUCACGCGUAAAGGACACGACAUUACAGCGAAUCCUGGAUACGGGGAGACUGGAUCUUCAGGUUUCUUGACCAGUGUAUUUACACGGUGUUUGAAUCCGAAUUGUUAUUCCUUUAUAUUGGACGGCGAAUUGAUGGGUUGGCAUAAAGAGAAACGAAUGUUUGGCACAAAAGGUAUGAAUUUCGACGUCAAGAAGCUAUCGAAGAACGCACAUCAUCAACCGUGUUUCGUCGCAUUCGAUGUUAUUCUGCAUAAUGACAUCUUGCUUGUUGACAAGCCUUACAAAGAUAGGCUGAAACUGCUCAAUGAUAUAUUUACCGAAGAAGAAGGUUCUUUAAUUAUAUGUCCACAUACCUCAAUUUCGAAUAAGGAGGAAUUGAUAAAGGCAUUCAACGACUGCGUUCGUAAUAAAGAAGAAGGACUUGUCGUAAAAAAGUAUAAUGUAAAAUAUAAACCAAAUGUCCGAAACGGCAGUAAUUGUUAUAAAAUUAAAGCAGAGUAUUCCGAGAAUUUAGUACAAGAUUUAGACUUGAUUAUACUUGGCGGUUAUUAUGGAGAGGGGAAGUACACAGGAAUGAUUAAAAGCUUCUUGAUGGGCGUUGCCGAUCCAUCGUGCAAUGAAGGAGAAAAUCCGUCGCGAUUUCUCUCUGUCGUAUCCGUAAGCACUGGAAUAGACGAUCAAACGUUGCACGAUCUCCAGAAAAAGUUUUGGAUUAAGGAAUGUCCUAACGGUGUCAAAGGUCCCAAAAAGAGUCUGCCGGACGUAUGGAUUCAUCCAGAACAUUCUAUGAUCUUAACGAUACGGGCGACGGAAAUGAUACGCAGCAGUGAAUAUCCGACUGGAUACAGUUUGCGAUUUCCCAGAGUCACGUGUAUCAGAACGGAUAAACCGUGGUACAGUCCCGAUACUACUUCCGAGCUCCUGUCUUUAGUCAAAGACAAAGGAAUGAUCCAGAAGUUGAACAAGCGAGAGGCCACUCUGGACGACAUCAACGAAGCGCCAGUGCCUAAAGUACGAAGGACAGCGACGCGAAGCGAGCCGGUUGGGUAUGUAUACAACACGUACAAUGUGUACAGUAAGCGAAUAAAAGCACUCACGCGAUUAUUGGACGGAAAAGAAAUUUGCGUGGUGAACGGCACCGACGAAUUAGAGAAAGAGCAAAUUGAAGAAAUACUGCAGCAGCACAGCGCGCGCGUCGUACAGAAUCCGAGGAAUACAACUUUCUGCGUGAUAGUCGGCAAUGAUAAAACGAUGCGAGGGAAGGAAAUGGUGAAUAGUAAAAAAUACGACGUUGUAACUGUGGAUUGGUUUAAACGCAUCACCAAUCAGUCUGAUUUAUCUUCACUGGGUGAUUUCUUACCGUGGGAGUUAUUAAGCAGUCAAGAUACUACUAAGCAGCGACUUGCGGAUAACUUUGAUGAAUAUUAUGAUAGCUUUAUGAUUGACGCGGAUGAGGAGAGUCUGAAGCGCUCGUUCGACAAGAUUGCAAAAUCGCUUGCAGACAAUCAGCUUACUGUUGAGCAGGGAAAAGAAAUGGACGAGGAAUUGUUCGAUGGAAAUGCGUCGCCGUACUCGCUGUUUAGGGAUGUAAUUGGAUUCUUUGAAAAUCCAUCGUGCUGUGCCAAAUUCAAAUUCCGCUUCAUGUCGGGGACGAUCAAAGAUAAUAUCGACAAUUCUGUUACACAUGUUUUCGUGGAUGACAGCGAAGCAAAUACUACUGUGAGGAACUUGGAAGCGUCUUUAAAAAUUGUUAAAUGUAAAUGGAUCGAGGAUUGUUUCCGAAAUCGCCAAGUGUGUGAAAUCGCGGACUACCUGAUCGAUCGUUAGAUCUAUUACUAUCAGCGAUGAAAAAGAAAUAUGCACCAACAGUUUGGUAAAAUAUAAAGAAACGUUACAUGUAUAUUUUCGACGGAAACAUACGAUAUAUUCAUGGAAUCGUUUUAACUCACAUUUUCGUGAAGCACUGAGAAACUAGGUACUAGGCGGAGUGACAGUUGGACAGUUCGCUCAUUUAACAUCUUCCCGUUUCGAAAUAUUUCUUCUUGACUCGGGCCGCCACCCUUGCCCAUCUCGUUUUAUUUCAUUGGAAUGCGCGCAAAAUACGAAGCGAAAGAGACGCAGCUGCGACGUUCCUCACAAAGCCUGCCAUUCAGAGAGAUCUCACAUAGAUUAACGUGAAAAGAUCGCGGAAAGAUUUAAGAUGCAUCGAAAAGCGCAUGUAUGCAACGUUACGAGCGAGGGAUAUAAUUUUUCUCCGAUUUCUUUGAUUUCACCAUCAAUCUCUAUUAUGCUUCCAGAUUUCUAAGAGUUAUUUUAAAUUUUUUUAAAUUUUAUUU